UAAAAGCUUUUUUUAAUUUUUUUUUUAUUGUGUGUUAUCUAUAUGCUCACUAGAAGAGGCAGAACUCAAAAUUAUCUUUGUUAGAUGAGGAUUUAGUGAUGAAACACAACUAAUCUUGAUUACCUAAUCAACAUUUUCUUUGUUAGGUUCAGUUUGUUUGCACACAGGUGGAAUUUUUUCAUAAAUUUCUAAAUAUAAGUAUUUGUAUGCUAAGGUUUAUUCUCAACUCGUAUAUUAUUUAAUUUGACAAUUUUUUUAAUAUUAGCCAGGCUUUUAGCUAUUCAUAAAAUUGAAAUUUCAUGUUUGAAAUAUUAACCUUUAAUGACAGCUUGAUCUGUGGUACCUCUAACACCUCUAAUGCAUUGAGUCACGUCAUCUUUUCCUGUAAUAUAAUUGAUAUGAAUGGGUGAGGAAAUUCAAGAAGUUUGUUUUCAGAAAAUAGAUUUCUUUUGUUUAUAUAAUGUUCAGAAAAAUAUCAAUGUCACAUAUAUCAAGAGUUGUUUGUUAUGAAUAGGUGAGGAAAUUCAUGAAGUUUGUUUUCAGAAAAUAAGAUUUCUUUUGUUUAUAUAAUGUUCAGAAAAAUAUCAAUGUCACAUAUAUCCUGAGUUGUUUGUUAGUACUAUGAUAGAAAACAAAAUUGACUUUAUGGACACGUCUAAAUCAUUUUAAGUCAUUCUCAGCUAGCUGUAGCCUGUAGCAUUCACGUGUUCCAGAAAACAUAUCUGUGAGCUGACUUGGGCAUGUGUUGUCAUGUGAUCCAUGUCUGACUAAAUAUGAACACUUGAGAGGUGGACUUGUAUGAAUCAGAUUCUUCUUUCUAGCUCUUCCAUUGGUCCUAAUCUUAUUCCGGAGAUGUGUUGUUACUGACUUUUGAAAAAUGGGUGCAGGUGGUCGGAUGCCGGUUGACUCCAAUGGUAAGAAAUCAGAAGAGGAAGUUCUCCAACGAGUUCCUGUCUCAAAACCUCCAUUUACUGUUGGGGACAUCAAGAAGGCCAUACCACCACAUUGUUUCCAAAGAUCCGUUCUUCGCUCUUUCUCUUAUGUUGUUCAUGACCUGAUCAUUGCUUCUAUCCUUUACUAUCUUGCAACAAAUUACAUCCAACUCUUACCUCACCCUUUAUCUUAUGUGGCUUGGGCAAUUUAUGGUUUCGUUCAAGGUUGUUUUUUGACUGGAAUUUGGGUCAUAGCCCAUGAAUGUGGCCAUCAUGCCUUCAGCGACUAUCAAUGGCUUGACGACACUGUUGGCCUUAUCCUCCACUCAUCUCUCCUUGUCCCUUACUUUUCCUGGAAAUACAGUCAUCGUCGCCAUCAUUCCAACACUGGUUCCCUCGAGCGUGAUGAGGUAUUUGUUCCUAAACACAAAUACGAACUCAAAUCUUUUGCCAAGUACCUUAACAACCCACCUGGCCGAGUCCUCACCCUUCUAGUAACACUUACUCUGGGGUGGCCCAUGUACCUCUUGUUCAAUGUUUCAGGACGACAUUAUGAAAGGUUUGCAUGUCACUAUGAUCCUCAGAGUCCCAUUUACUCGGAUCGUGAACGUGCUCAAAUCCUUGUUUCUGAUGCUGGUGUUCUUGCUUUCACUUAUGGUUUAUACCACCUGGCUGCAGCAAAAGGUCUAGCUUGGGUGUUGUGUGUUUAUGGAGGUCCUUUACUAGUCGUGAAUGGAUUCCUGGUGCUUAUCACCUUUUUGCAGCACACUCACCCUGCAUUGCCACAUUACAGUUCAUCCGAGUGGGACUGGUUAAGGGGUGCUCUGGCGACAGUCGAUAGAGAUUAUGGAAUCCUGAACAAGAUUCUGCACAACAUCACAGACACUCAUGUGGCCCAUCAUUUGUUCUCAACAAUGCCACAUUAUCAUGCCAUGGAGGCCACAGAGGUGAUCAAACCUAUACUGGGAGAUUAUUAUAGGCUUGACGAGAGUCCUGUUUUAAAAGCCAUGUGGCGAGAAGCAAAGGAAUGUAUCUACGUGGAACCAGACGAGAGUGGCAAGUACAAAGGUGUCUUUUGGUACAACAAUAAGCUCUAAGUUAAAGUUGAAGAACCAAAAGAUCCAGUUCAAGAUCUAUAUAUGUAUGUGUUUGAUUUCUUUGUAGUUUGUACUUUGAACCUAGCUCUCAAACCAUGCUUAAUUAACAAAAAUAAGUUUGUUAUAA